UUCGAGCGCAAUCGCAUCGCGAUGCUCAGAGCCGCGUGGUGGACGUUCGCGGUGCUCGCGCUGUGGAUCGCCGGCGCCGGCGCACGCGUUUACGAGCGCUGCGAGCUAGCGCGCGACCUGCGCGGCCUCGGUGUGCGCGCCGACCACGUCGCCACCUGGGUCUGCAUCGCGUUCCACGAGUCUCGGUUCGACACCACCGCCAGCAAUCUUCACAGCGGCGACCACGGCUUGCUACAGAUCAGCGAACUGUUCUGGUGCGGCGAGGGCAAGGCUUGCGGGCUGUCGUGCGAGGCCCUGCGCGACGACGACAUCUCCGAUGACUUGGCAUGUGCGCUGCACGUAUACGAGGAGCACACCAGGUUGCAGGGUGACGGCUUCUUGGCGUGGGUUGUUUACCCCCAGCACUGCAAACAUAACACCAAAAAAUAUCUUGCUGACUGCGACGAUACUUUAAAAAACGCAAGUACUAAACCAAUGGAAAAAUCACGUGCCUUAGACGUUCCCAGAAGAACAAACUUAAUAAUGCGAUUAAAUCAAAGCAUCGACGAAUUACUACCGCCGUACAUCGCCAUGACUUCCAACUCUGGGCAUAGUAGAAAUGAAAUAGACUUUCAAGACAAAAAAUACGAUAGUAAAUGGCAAGUAACGCACUUUAGCAACAUCGAUGAUCUAUCACCCCCAUUUUUCGGGCUACGGACACAUCAAAAUACAGAGUCACCACCUACUUCGACUUUCGCCAUACAUGAGUUAGAUCAGUCAAAAAGAAUAGACAAAAAUGAAAUAAGAAAUAAAUUUGUGACCGAUAAACCUGCAAGAACAACAGUAAAUAAUUUAAAUAAACUUGGAUCGGGUAUCAGUAAAAUAUUUACUUCUUCAAGCAGCAGUUGGUAUACUCGACCGUCGCCAAUCACCACCACCCCGAAACCAAAGAAGGUGUUAAUGUCAAGCACUGUUGAAACUACCACCACAGGAAGACCUCCUGAUAGGACGACUAAUUUGUAUCACACUACAUUAAUAAAAAAAUCGAAAUCUGUCGAGUUACUAAAUGGAAUGCCGGCCCUAUCCGAUAAAGACGCCUCUAAAGAGCGAUUCCGCUGUCUUGGAUGUAGAAUACCAACCACGGAGAAUCCUAUUUCCAGUUUCAGAUUAACUACGAUACCAGAACCACCAACGACUUCAAUCCCUAAAGGCGGUUUUAAAACACUUGCAACCAGCAGGACUUAUUCUGCAAGGACCAUAAUAUCUAGAACAUUACCGCCAAGUAAAAACCGGUUAGCUCGUGAUAAUAUUACCCGUUCGAUUACGACCACAACUCCAAAUACUUUCACAGGCCGUAGUAGAAACACAACUGUAUAUACGACUAAACCACUACACAAAACCACGUCUCGGAACAGUUUCACAACAAGCAGUUUUAAAAUGCCAAGUACUCUCAUCACCACUCCGAGAAGUGUCACUAAUCCAAGUACAACAACCAGCAGUAGUUCCAGGCAUUGGAGAACAAUAACUUCUGAAAGUGCUGCAUACUCUAGCGGAGACACGCAAAAUUCGCAACGAAAUGCUAUAUUUGAUUUAUACUUGAAGCCAAAACAACCAAAAUUAAUAACGUUUACAUUUGCCACUCAGGGCGACAGUGUUUACAGAAGACGUAUUUUUGCGGACGGCACCACGUCCCCAGCGACGCCCUGGAAGCGCAAUGGCGCGCAGGAAUUCAGGAUAAAGUGAUAUUAGUGCCGCGUGCUCUCGCUGA